CAACGGUACAAAAAGUAAGGCCAGAAUGAUGGUUGGUUGCGGAAGAAGAAAGUAGAAAGAUGCUAAGAAAGGGCGUUGAUAGGGUGAUUAAGAGAAGAUUUCAUUUACCAAAACCCUCUGAAAUUUGGCGGAAUGCCCCAAAAGAGAACGCGGAGUGUGUGGUGAUCGGAGCCGGAGUCGUGGGACUUGCAGUGGCCAGAGAGCUGUCGUUGAAGGGCAAAGAGGUUUUGGUCCUAGACUCAGCCCCCACCUUCGGAACCGCCACCAGCAGUCGCAACAGCGAGGUCAUCCAUGCCGGCAUCUACUAUCCUCCCGAUUCUCUCAAGGCUCGUUUUUGUGUGCGAGGAAGAAACUUACUCUACCAAUACUGCUCUCAGCGUGGUAUUCCUCAUGACCAGAUCGGUAAGCUCAUUGUUGCCACUGGUGCUUCGGAGAUUCCAAAGUUAAGUGAAUUGUUUAAUCGUGGGAUUCGAAAUGGGGUUGAAGAUCUUAGGAUGUUGGACGCUUCUGAGGCCAUCAAAAUGGAGCCUGAAUUGCACUGUGUCAAAGCCUUGCUGUCCCCUGCUUCUGGCAUUGUGGAUUCCCAUUCUCUAAUGCUUUCUUUAGUGGGGGAGGCUGAAACUAAUGGCGCCACUUUCUCUUACAAUACCGCUGUCAUUGGAGGUCAUCUUGAAGGAAAUCAAAUGGCCCUCCACGUUUAUGAAAUCAAAACACUUGCAAACUGGGAUGGGGAGAUUCCAUUGCAACCGGACCUCCUACUUAUUCCUAAAUUUGUAGUUAAUUCUUCGGGCUUGAGUGCUCCCGCUUUGGCUAAGAGAUUCCAAGGUUUAAACACAGCUACUAUUCCGCCUGCAUGUUAUGCUCGUGGUUCCUACUUCACCCUUUCAAAUUCAGAUUCUUCUAGGCGUCCUCCUUUCAAGCAUUUGAUAUAUCCUAUACCAGAGGAAGGUGGCCUUGGAGUGCAUGUCACUCUGGACUUAGAUGGCCAGAUUAAGUUUGGCCCAGAUGUUGAGUGGAUUCAUCAUCAUGUACCUGAUACAACCAAAUUCCUUAAUAGGUUUGACUAUUCUGUAAAUGCUGAGCGUGUUGCAAGAUUUUAUCCCGAGAUUCGCAAGUACUACCCAAAUCUCAAAGAUGGAUCUCUACUGACAGGUUACUCGGGGAUUCGACCUAAACUUCAUGGACCUGGGCAGUCUGCCACUGAUUUUGUAAUACAGGUAGGUUACUCGGGGAUUCGACCUAAACUUCAUGGACCUGGGCAGUCUGCCACUGAUUUUGUAAUACAGGGAGAAGACAUUCAUGGAGUGGGUGGUCUUGUAAAUCUUUAUGGAAUUGAGUCACCUGGGCUGACUUCAAGCAUGGCGAUUGCCGAAUAUGUGGCUGCUAUGCUUUUAGGAGGAUGAAGAUUUACUAUAAAAUCAAAAUAAACAGCUGACACAUACCAUAUUUUAUGAAAACUGUUAUAUAGUCAUGCAUGAGUCGUCUAAUAAUGUCAUGUGUAGUAGGAUGGAUGCAUGCACACAUACCAAGUGAAAGUGAUGGAAAGAAAAGAGAAGGAUCCCACCUGCUGAUUUGCUUCUCCAAGAAUUUCCCACUGAUUCCUAGUACAAUGCCUUGGUGCUGCACGUGCUAAUAAAAAAUCGCCUAUGCUCUUUC